UAGAAACAACAAUGCAAAACAAUAAAAAAGGAAAGACUAGCCAACAAGCAGUGGACCAGCUACAGGACACUCAACAACUUCAUGUGUUUGAUGGCUUGCCAUUCUUUUUUCAGGAAGUUCAACUUUAGGCUAAAAGGCCAUCCUCUCAUUGCCCACCAUCAUCAGAAACCGGAUAAAACUUCCACUUUAUCAGAACCCAAUGUUUUUAAAAAUAGCAAUACAACAUAAAUUAUUCUUGAAAUGAAAUUUAAACAUAAGUCUUCUCUGUUUUGUUCCCUCCAUAACAUUUGGCUAUGGCAAAGAGAGACCUGACUCUUCCCUUCUGCUCCAUUGUGGCCAUGGAUUCUUCAAAUUUCUGCUACAGGGUUUGUAGCAACUGCGAGGGUAUUCUACCUGAUAAGAGCAACGGGUUUUCUGAAUUUCAGCAUUGCAGCAGAUGCUCUUUCAAUCAAAGAACCCCUGCUUCCAAACGAGUAUACAAGUUACUUCUGUCAGUUGCAACUGACAAGAGAGUGAUGAUCGUGAUUUGUUUUGAUAAGCCCGCUAAAGUUCUGAUGGGCUGUUCUGCAGACGAGUUGUUCGAUUUUUCAUGCGCCAAUCCAUUUGCAUUGGAAGCUUCUGCUAGAUUCUUAGAAGGACAGAUGUUCCAAAUGGUGCUGCGUAAGCCACAAAGUGGAAAUGCUCAGCACAUGCGAAUUGAUUCCAUCGUGCCUCUUGCUUCAAACUUUCAUCCUGUAAUAGAGUAUCUUAAAAAGCUUUAUCGGACUUGAAAGGUGUCAAUUAAUCUUGUGAUAGAGAGAAUGAUACUGAAAAAAAUCAAGUCAUAAGUAUUUACACGUUUUCCUGCCAUCAGCAAAAAUCUGAACCUUUUGUUGUCCAAUUAUGAUAUAUUAUAGCAGAUAUAUCAUAUAACCUAUAAAUUCCUUUUUUUUCACUCUAAUAACUAGAAAACCUGAAUUAUUAGUUUCUUUAAGGAGUAAUGAACUCCUCAUGAUCAUAUAUUUUCACACAGAAAUGUGGUGCUGGGAUUAUUUGUUCAGGUUCUUCACAGAUCUGUUUAUAUAUAUCUUCUGCCUAUAUAUAAUUUUUGUGCAGACAAGGGGACCUUAACAAAAAUUUCAGAGCUAUGGAAUAGCAUUUUUUAUUAGCAAA